GGCUGUUGGAAGACCCACCGUACUCAAUGGGAGAGGACGAGUCUUGGAGAGAGGGAGGCUGGAGCGCGCAGAGGACAAAGAGGUGCAAUGCAUGGGGGUGGCGUGGGGUUAGGGGGAAGGAGGAAAGAGCCCCCCACUCCAUGGGCAUAGCCAGGAGGGGUUGCAGCUGCACCCCGCCCCCCUAAAUCGAGUAAAUAAAUAAAAAUACUUAACUAAAAGUAGAAAUUGUAGAUAGGUGGUUUUUUUUUUAAAAAAAAAAUAUUAACAGUUUAACAUAACAAAUUCUCAAAACAAAUCAUCUUCAUUAUUUCCCCCCCUUUUCCCCUCCCACCUCCCCAACAAACCCUCCCUCCCCCCCCCACUUCCCUCAGCUCCUCUCUCUGAUUUCUCAACUCAUAUUAUUCUCUGCGUACUGUAAAAUUGUAUACAGCCUUAUAUUAUCUGUCUACUAUAUUAACCCUCAAUAAAUCUGUGCAUGUUUAUUCAAAACCUGCCAAGGAGUCCAGUUGUCUUUUAAAAUAAUUUGUAAAAAGUUCCCGUUCUUCUUUAAAGCCACAAAAAUUGUAGAUAGGUUUUGGAGCACUUGGGGUCAAAAGGAAGCAAUUUGAAACAACGCUGGUGGAGACUUUUCAUUCUGAAUCUGCUAGGCAAGAGUCAGGCUGAGGAUUAUGACAGGUGGGUGGGUGUCCUGCUCCCCACCCCUCAACAUAAAUCCUGGCUACGCCCAUGCCUCAGGGUGUUGGGUCUGAUCUGUGCAAUUCGGCUGCAAGGUGUGGGAGAAACUGCUGCAGAAAUUGCAGGGCAAAAUCCUCUUGGAAGCCCCUCAAUAUCCCCAGGGGCAUAUUCAGCUUGGGUAGGGGGACCAGAUAGAAUAGAAUAGAAUUUAUUAUUUAUACCCACCCAUCUGGCUGGGUUUCCCCAGCCACUCUGGGCAGCUUCCAACAAAGCAUUAAAAUACAGUGGUCUAAAUAAAUAAAUAAAAACAAUACAGUGGUCUGUGAAACAUUAAAAGCUUCCCUAAAGAGGGCUGUCUUCAGAUGUCUUCUAAAAGUGUGGUAGUUCUUUUUGACAUCUGAUGGGAGGGCGUUCCACAGGGCGGGUGCAACUACCGAGAAGGCCCUCUGCUUGGUUCCCUGUAGCUUCACUUCUCGCAGUGAGGGAACCGCCAGAAGGCCCUCAGAGCUGGACCUCAGUGUCCGGGCAGAAUGAUGGGGGUGCAUUGGUGAAGAGGAAGCAGCAUUUGGGAGUGGGGUGAGGGGAACAACAACAACUUAUUUAUACCCUGCACAACAACAACAAUUUAUUUAUACCCCACCCAUGUGGCUGGGUUUCCCCAGCCACUCUGGGUGGCUCCCAACAGAAUAUUACUGGAAAAGCAAUAAAACAUCAAACAUUAAAAACUUGCCUAAGCAGAGCUGCCUUCAGAUGUCUUCUUAAAGUGAGAUGUAAGGAUUGACAUGCUGGCCUGUGCUUUUUUUAGAGAGCUCACAUAGCUUAGCCAGGGGGCUGCAACUGCUCCCCCUAAAUCAAGUAAAUAAAUAAAAAUGCUUAACUAACUGACCAAUUGCAUCACAGAGAACUCAGUUCUGCCCCCCUAACAUAAGGCUUGGUUGGACAGUGUUCUCGAAGCUACAAACAUGAGUUUGACCAAACUGCGGGAGGCAGUGGAAGACAGGAGUGCCUGGCGUGCCCUGGUCCAUGGGGUCACGAAGAGUCGGACAUGACUAAACAACUAAACAACUAAACAACAACAACAACAUAAAGCUUGUUCCCCCUGAAAUAAAUCCUGGCUAUGCCCAUGCAAACUCAUAGAGCGUUUACAUGACACCCUCCCCAAUAAUAUUCAGUUUCAUCGGACUCUUAAAUCAAAAAGGGAGUUCCUGGCCAUGUUUGCCUCCUGGGGGGAGCAAGUUCCAUAGUUUGACGAUGUGAUUCAUGAAGAAGUGCUUCCUUUCUUUCUCCUAAAUCUUCCAACGUUCAGCUUCAUGGGAUGCUCAUGAGAGAGGGAGAAGAAAAAUUCUGUAUAUUCUCUUUCUCCAGGGUCUGGAUAAACAUUCAAAGAGGUGGCUGUGCAUUUCACUGAAGAGGUAUUGGGCCCUGCUGGAUCCAGACCAAAGGUCAUGGAGGCGAAUUAUGAGACACAGUCCACUCUAGGUAAGGACACAUUCCCCCCGCCCUUCCCCCGUUCUUUGAUUGAAAGACAUUUGGGGCAUAUUCCCCAUUUAAUAUUUAUACCCCGCCCAUCUGGCUGGGUUUCCCCAGCUACUUUGGGCGGCUCCCAACAGAAUAUUAAAAACACAAUAAAGCAUCAAAUAUUUAAAACUUACCUAAACAGGGCUGCCUUCAGAUGUCUUCUAAAAGUCAGACAGUUGUUUAUUUCCGUGACAUCUGAUGGGAGGGCAUUCAACAGGGCGGACGCCACUACCAAAAGGGCCCUCUGCCUGGUUCCCUGUAGCUUCACUUCUCACAGUGAUGGAACUGCCAGAAGGCCCUUGGAGUUGGAUGUCAGUGUCCCAUUUGGAUGAUGGGGGUGGAGACACUUCUUCAGGUAUACAAAGCUGAAGCCAUUUAGGGCUUUAAAGUCAGCACCUAACUUUGAAUUGUGCUCAGAAAUGUACUGGGAGCCAAUGUAGGUCUUUCAGGACCGGUGUUAUAUGGUCUCGGCGGCUGCUCCCAGUCACCAGUCUAGCUGCCGCAUUCUGGAUUAGUUGUAGUUUCCAGGUCACCUUCAGUGGUAGCCCCACAUAUGUCUAGAAAAGGAACCUGGCUGCACACAGAGGAUCCUAUGUUCAACCUCUGGCAUCUCCAUGGGGGAAAAGGGAUCAGCUAGCAGCUGGUGGGAAAGCCCUGAGAUCAUGGGAGAUCCACCUGCUAGUUGAAUGAGUCCAUGCGGAGGUUUGAUGAAGAAUCAGUUUGACCGGGCAUGAGGAAGCCUCCAAAUGUUCUUGAGGGCUUUUUAAGUGUUUGAAAAGGUCCCAUCUCUGCCCCAAGGCCAGAAGGCCUGCCCUUUCCACAGCAGGACAAGGAAAAGGCAGGUGCCCCAAACGCCAAAACAGCAUCUUCUUCUGAAUAUCCAGUAGGUAACUGAUGCUCCACUUGUUUUCCCCCCAAAAAUUCCUUCCAGUAGCACCUUAGAGACCAACUAAGUUUGUUAUUGGUAUGAGCUUUCGUGUGCAUGCACACUUCUUCAGAUACCCGAUCAGAUGUUUGAGCAGCUUGUUGGAGACAUGUGGCAUAGUUUCCUUGCAUAUUCAGUAAGAUAAGUGGAUUGUAGAGGGUUCUUAAUUCUAAGACCCUUAGGUAUAAUGUACAGGUUCUUGCAUUUAGUCAGAAAGAAGGUGUCAGUCUGUACCUGUGCAAGUUUCUUGGUGAUGGUUGAUGGACUUCCAUUUCAUGCGGCUAAGUGUGGUGCCUUCCAUAGUUCUAGUUACAGGUAGGUAGCCGUGUUGGUCUGCCGUAGUCGAAACAAAAAAAAUUCCUUCCAGUAGCACCUUAAAGACCAACUAAGUUUGUUAUUGGUGUGAGCUUUUGUGUGCAUGCACACUUCUUCAGAUACCCAAAGUCAGAAUAAUGGCUGAGAUCCUGGAGGUCCACUGUUAGGUGGUGCAGGGAAUCCUUAGCUAGCAGUACAAUGCUCCCACAUUUCUUGGGAAUGCUAAAACCAGAGAAGGAGCAAAUUGGGGUCAACCUGUGAUAAUAUCCCAUGUUUCUACCUUGAAGUUCAUACAUAUAUUUUUUUCCCUCAUCCCCCAGGGAAUGACGGAUUGAGCAGUGAGAAAUAUAUGGAAAAAUAUUUGGUGUCAAUGGAAAAAGCCGAGCAUGAAUCAGGAAAAAAGAUGCUUGGAAAUCAAAGAGGACCAAAAAGGGAUGAGAGAAACCACUCAGAGGAUAGGAGGAAGGAGUUCCCUGCUUCCCAGAGUGCUGUUGUCCAGGAACCCCUGAUCCAACAGGAAGAUCACAAAAGGAACAGCAGUAAAACAUGCCUGGUGUGUGGAAAAGCAUUUAGACAUCAAUCGAACUUAAAUAUACAUUGCAGAAUCCACACAGGAGAGAAACCAUAUACAUGCACCGAGUGUGGGAAGAGCUUCAAUCUGAGAAGCAACCUUACUAGACAUAAAAACACACAUACAGGUGAGAAGCCGUAUAAAUGUAUGGAGUGCGGGAAGUGCUUCAGUGACAGCAGUAGCCUCACUCGACAUCAAGCCACCCAUGCGGAGGAGAAACCAUACGCUUGCAUGAAUUGUGGAAAGAGCUUUUGUGUGAGGAGUAGCCUCCUUUUACAUCAAAGAACACACACAGAGGAGAAGCCAUUUAAAUGCGCCGAGUGUGGAAAGAGCUUCAUUGAGGUCAGUAGCCUUACUAAACAUCAGAGAAUCCACAGAGGGGAAAAGCCAUUUAAAUGCAAAGAGUGCGGAAAGAGCUUCAGUCAGAGUGGUAACCUGACGUUACAUCAAAGAACACACACAGGGGAAAAGCCAUGUCAGUGUACUGAGUGUGGAAAGUGCUUCCGUAGCAGCAGCAGCCUUACAUUACAUCAGAGAAUCCACACGGGGGAGAAACCAUAUACAUGCAUCGAGUGUGGGAAAAGCUUCAGCGCUCGUAGUAGCUUUACUUCACAUCAGAGAACGCACACAGAGGAGAAGCCGUUUAAAUGUGUGGAGUGUGGGAAAAGCUUUAGUCAGAGCAGUAGCCUGACGACACAUCAGAGAACGCACACAGGGGAGAAGCCGUACAAAUGUGUCAGCUGUGGGAAGUGCUUCAACGACAGCAGUGGCCUUACUUUACAUCAAAGGACCCACACAGGGGAGAGACCCUUUAAAUGCACGGUGUGCGGGAAAAGCUUCAGUCUGAGUAGUAACCUUAGCAGACAUCAAAAAACACAUACGGGAAAGAAGCCGUAUAAAUGUAUGGAGUGUGGAAAGUGCUUUAUUGACAGCAGUGCUCUUACUUUACAUCAGAGAACGCACACAGGUGAGAAACCAUUUAAAUGCACGGUGUGUGGAAAGAGCUUCAGUGCAAACAGUCGGCUUGCUAGACAUCAAAGAAUACAUACGGGAGAGAAAACAUGGUGUGGGAAAAGCUUCGGUGACAAAGCAAACCUUUCGGGACAUCAGAAAACCCACACAGGCGAAAACCUGUAAAACUGCAUGGGGUGUGGACAUUGGAAGACUUCCUAAACACUAAAACACACAGUGGCGAAGUUAUGGAAAGGUACGAAGUGUGGUUUGGCUACAGUGACAUACGCUUUAGUUAACAUCCAGCAGCCAGAUUUUCAGCUGGUAACCAAACAGUUAAACCCCUGUGUUGCAAACAAUUAUCGUAAUAUCCAAGGCAACACGAUGACCAAGUACAACAAUGCGAUGUCAAUAUAAACCCUUUAUAUAAUCUAUACAGAACAUUGAACAGUAUGAAAUAUAUGAAAUGCACUCUCUGCAAAACCAAAUAAACAGAAAUCUUAUACAUCUCUGAAAGUCACAAAAUAUGCACUCUUGAUGGAUUCUCUUGAAAACAGAACCAAAUGAAAGUCUUAUAAGUCUCUGGAAGUCUUUGUAGACUAUGCAAGUUUCUGAAAGAAGCAAUGGGACAGAUUCUUAUCUGGUGAAAACAAGCAGUAAAGCUUUGUUUUAUGACGUCCAACGCUGCUGAAGUGGUCCGCAAACAAAUGUAGUGAACAGUGAUUUCGGAUAUACCCACUGUUAUGUGGAAUUCUUCUUCAGCACAGCAGAAGGAUACAGAAAUGCUUCAUAAACCCAUCUAUAUGGUGAAUGGAAUUGUAUAACAACCAUUCCUAUGGAGUAGUGGUCAUAAAGGUAUGUAGCCCUUGCUACUGACUGCAUGUUGCAGGAAACCAUCAAGAGUGCAAAUUUUGUGACUGUCAGAGAUUUAUAAGAUUUUCAGCUGGGGCUGGUUAUAGCCUGGGAAACAUACAACUCCCUUGUUACAACAGCUCCACCAGGAGUACCAGUCUGUUUUGGGCACAAGUGCUGGUUGUGAACUAUAUAUGACUCAUGUCCAAGCUAUCUGAAUUACUGUGUUCCCCCAUUUGCAACUGCCCAGGUUCUGAGGUCUUCAAGGUCUUCUCUUGGCCCCACCAGCCUGACAGGCUCCUUGGAUAGGGCCUUCUCCGUGGUUGCUCCCAGACUUUGGAACUCCCUUCCUGGAGAAGUUAGACUGGCUCCCUCCUCCUUGUCCUUCUGCAGGCAGGCGAAGACUAUCCAGCAGGCUUUUGGGAAGUGCUGUUUUAAUGAAAGGGCUGCCGCCAUACUGUUUUUAUUGCAAUUAUUUGUUUGGUUUUAGUGGAUGUGCUAGAUGUACACACACUACCAGUGUUAUUGUUUUUAAUAAUAUUGUUUUUUCCUAUGUUUUUAGUGAUUCUUGUUAUUAUCUGUAAACUGCCUUGAGUCCCAUCAAGGUAAUAAUAAUAAUAAUAAUAAUAAUAAUAAUAAUAAUGUUUUCACUUCUGGAAAUGCAGCAGAAUGUAGUGAAAGUUUAUGGUGGGGACUGCCCAGAGGUAUUUAAAUUGUGGGAAAUGGUUUGUGAAGAAGUUGCCAGAAAUACUCAAAUAUAGUGGUACCUUGGUUUACAACCAUAAUCCGUUCCGGAGGUCUGGUUGUAAACCAAAACAGGUUGUAACCCAAGGCAUGCUUUCACCAAUGGGGCCUCCAAAAAAGAAAAGGAAAAAAAAGAGAUGUAAUUUUAAAAAAAGGGUUGUAAUCCAAAAAAGGGGACACACACUUCUAGGUUUGACAUGGUUGUAAUCCAAAACAACGGUUGCAAACCAAGGUAGCACUGUAUCCCAUCCCAGCUUUACCACAGAUUUGUUUACGAAAUCUAUGGCACGAUCAGCUUAAAAGGGUUCAGCUUCCAGGAACUUUUAAUGUGGAUGCUUUUGACAGCCAGAAUUUCAUUUGCCCCGAAAUGGAAAAGCUUAUGGGACUGGCAACUUUUAAUUUGGUCUGAAGUUUAGCGUUAACUGGAAAAAAAUACCACAUGCCAAUGGGCUCUGAGGGUCAUGCAUGGUUUGGUGUGAUUUUUAUCAUGCAUACAACAAAUACAGAUACAGUGGUACCUCAGGUUACGUACGCUUCAGGUUACAUACGCUUCAGGUUACAGACUCCACUAACCCAGAAAUAGUGCUUCAGGUUAAGAACUUUGCUUCCAGAUGAGAACAGAAAUCGUGCUCCGGCGGCACGGCAGCAGCAGGAGGCCCCAGUAGCUAAAGUGGUGCUUCAGGUUAAGAACAGUUUCAGGUUAAGAACAGACCUCCGGAACGAAUUAAGUACUUAACCUGAGGUACCACUGUACACAGGACUCCCAUCACUAGAAGAUUGGCUUUUCUCAUGGUCCUAACCUGAUUUAAAUCUCUUCCAGAUAUACUGUGCUGCCUUUUUUUGUAUUUGUACUUCCAUUAUUAUUAUUUUUAAAAUCUUUAUUAAUUUAAUUUACACACAUAUACAAAGAAUUUACAAAGAAUUUACAAUCUCAUACUACAAAAAGGAAAUUUUAAAAAAACCAAUUAAGAAAAAAGAAGAAAAUACAAAAAAAGAAGAAGAAAAAGCAGAUUUACGUUGAUAAAAAACAACUAGGUAAAGGUAAAGGCACCCCUGCCCGUACGGGCCAGCCGUGUCCGACUCUAGGGUUGCGUGCUCAUCUCGCUCUAGAGGCCGUGAGCCGGCGCCGUCCGAAGACACUUCCGGGUCACGUGGCCAGCGUGGACGAGCUGCUCUGGCGAGCCAGCACCAGCGCAGCACAUGGAAACGCCGUUUACCUUCCCGCUAUAAAGCGGUACCUAUUUAUCUACUUGCACUUAGGGGUGCUUUCGAACUGCUAGGUGGGCAGGAGCUGGGACCGAAAGACGGGAGCUCACCCCGCCGCGGGGAUUCAAACCGCCGACCAUACGAUCGGCAAGUCCUAGGCACUGAGGUUUUACCCACAGCGCCACCCACGUCCCUAACUAAAAAAACAACUAAAUCUUCCUAAUUAAUACUUAAACACUUAAAUAAAAAAGACU